GCAGAUCACGGACAUUGGCUUGAGCGGUUGUAGUGACCGCAGCGCUUGAAAAAUCAGGAAGAAGGGCGACUUUAUUUUGGAAGUGUUUUGUUAUAUUGCUUUUUAUUAAUAUUUAAAGAUCGAUUAUUGUUAUUCGUACAAAAUAUAUAUCUCAUUGUAGUUACAUUUACAUAUUAACUGUUGUUUUACUGUCUACAAACUCCUAAGCCGUGAGUGAGUGAUGCAACAUGGCAGCAACUGCUGUCAGGACCUGUUUUCUGUCAGCAAUAAGGACAUAUGCUCCGUGUCACAACCGUGAACUUAAAACUCUGGCAGAAAAGAAAGUAAAACAGGUGGUCUCUGUUGUAAUUUGUAACCACGAAGGACCAGAGGGAAGCACAAACAUCGUCAGAGAAGCUCCUUCAUGGGAUCGAAGAGAUGAUCAGAACAGCAACUCAUCCUGGUUUAAGUCCAUAUCGGUGGGUUUGGGGCUCUGCGGUGCGGCGUUUUUGGACAGUCAAAAGGACGAGAAGCAGGACACAAAAACCCCAAAGAAGUUUCUUGAACUCAUUUUGCCUUCGGCUCAGUGUGCCUCUCCAUUUAAACCUGAUAGUCCCCGCUUUAAAUACAACUUUAUUGCAGAUGUAGUCGAGAAGUCCACUCCAGCUGUCGUGUACAUAGAAAUCGUGGGCAGACAUCCAUUUACCGGAAGAGAAGUCCCAGUGUCAAAUGGCUCUGGUUUUAUUAUCAGCAGUGACGGUCUCAUUGUUACCAAUGCUCAUGUUGUGGCAAACAAGCGAGGUGUGCGUGUGAAGCUCACUAAUGGAGAUGUGUACUCUGCAACAGUACAGGAUGUAGAUCUUGUGGCAGACAUUGCCACCAUCAAAAUUGCUGCACAGAAUCCUUUACCAACGCUCAAACUUGGCCUGUCGUCUGAUGUUCGUCAAGGAGAGUUUGUGGUUGCCAUGGGAAGCCCGUUUGCUCUACGAAAUACUAUCACAUCAGGGAUCAUCAGUUCAGUACAGAGAGGCAGUAAAGAACUGGGCUUGUCCAACCCGAACAUGGAGUAUAUACAGACAGAUGCAGCCAUUGAUUUUGGGAAUUCUGGAGGUCCACUAAUUAAUCUGGAUGGCGAGGUCAUCGGUAUAAACACCAUGAAAGUCACUGCAGGGAUCUCAUUUGCUAUUCCGUCUGAUCGCGUGAAACUUUUUCUUGAUCAAGCAGUCAAAAAACAGAAUUCUUGGUUUGGCCAGUCAGGAACAAAGCCUCGGUAUAUUGGCGUUAUGAUGCUGACACUGACACCAAGCAUCAUUGCUCAGUUGAAGUUGAGAGACCCAUUUUUUCCAAAUGUGACACACGGCAUCCUGAUUCACAGAGUCAUCACGGGCUCACCAGCCAGCAGAGCUGGCAUGCUACCAGGAGACAUUGUGCUGGAGAUAAACAAGGCCAAAGUAAACACUUCUGAAGAGAUCUACAAGGCUGUCCGCAACAGUGAUAACAUUACUAUGGUGCUGCAAAGAGGGGAUGAGUUGAUUAGACUCCAAGUGACUCCUGAAUACAUUGAGUAAAACUAAUACUAUUAUAUAUUUUCACACCAGCGGUAUGUACUAAUGAGCAGUGUGUGUCCAUUAGAGGAAAACUGUGAAACAUAAUAGUAACUGUGGCCAAAUUAAAAUGUUUAAUGCAGGGCUUUGAUUAUAUUAUUCAGGAUUUGGUUACUUUUGUUGAUGCAGAGGAAAAUUGGUGAUACAAUUUAUUUUACUGUAGUGUAACUAUCAAGCUGGGGUGUACAUAAUCCAGUCAUAAGUCACUUUCACACAUGGACUGGAAUCCUUAAAUGCUUUAUACAUGUUCUGGAGAGGUGGCAAAUGAAAACACAUAUCUGACAUUUACUGCAAACUUUCUCUGGAGAUUUUCUACCAGGCCCCUUAGUAAACCUAGGGGUGGCGUGGCUCAGCAUGGCAAGGUAGGGUGGUCGUCUUGUAACCUGAGGGUUGCCGGUUUGACCCUCGGCCAAGUUGAGUUCAUGUCAAGGUGCCCUUUGACAAGCUACCGAACCCCUAAUUGCUUUUGUUGAUGCAGAAGAAAACUGACGACUGAACCCCUAAUUGCUCCUGAUGGGUCUUGGUUGAACGCCUUGCAUGGCAGCUUCCACCGUCAGUGCGUGAAUGUGAUGUAUGAUGUAAAGCGCUUUGGUAUCAUUCCACAUACAGUAAAGCGCUAUAUAAAAUACGGAUAGUGUUUUUUUUUUUAAAUCAACACGAGCCUCAUUUAAAGAAAAUAUAGUGACGUCUACUUCACAUGCUGCCUGUAGACAUCCGUUCCCUCAUUACUAGCUGGGAGACCAUGCCUCCUGCAGAAAGCCUCCUGAGGUGCAUGUGUGAA